AUGGAUCGCCAGACUCCGCAAUCGAAACAGCAACAACAACAGCAGCAGCCGAAGCAGCAGCCGUCGUUGCAAACCGCUAGUCAACCACAACACUUGAACAUCUCACUGGGCAGUGCUGGCCACGCUCCCUACGGCCACCGUCACCACCCGUAUCAACAAGCAAACCAACUCGGAACUGCGUCAGCAGCACCUGCAGAACCCUUCAAAGUUGACCAGCAAACAUUUGAGAAAAGCCUGAACGAGGUGUACCAGUUUAAGCAGUGCAUCAGCGUGAAGAUCAAACAGCUCGAGUCGUCCAUCACUCGCCUCAAAUCGCUCGUCUUUGUGCCGGCUGAAAAUUCCGCCAGUGAAACUUCCGCUGCCUCUUCUUCCAUUUCCACUGAACACUCCUCAAUGGCCGGCGAUCAGCGAUCCUCCCCAUCAGCGUCACCAUCAAGCUCUUCGGCUUCAUCAAAACCGUUGCCCCAGAUCAAUGGUGAAGUUUCGCCAGGGGCGGCAACAGCGGCCUCGCAGGCGGACCUCCUCGAGCUGCGCACCAUCCUCAACGACAUUGACCAGCACCUGGCGGUGCUGAAGGACGUCGAGGAGCGGCACGCCCACAUCUGUGAGUCAUACUCGCAGGAGAUUCGCGCCCGCGAUGAGACGCUCAACAACAAGUCGGGGCAGAUUGCCGCCCUCAGUCAGGAGCUGGCGCAGCAGCAGGCAAAGAUCAACCAGUUGACAUUUCAAAACAAGAAACUCGAGUAUGAAAUCAACAUGGUGCGCAACACCGCCCUUGGCUCCAAACUGCUGACUGAGAGUGGCUCUAAUGUGGCAACGGCAGCCAAUUCGACCGGCAACAGUGGCACUUCCACUCCGUUGAUCACUGAGCUACCGGAAAACGAGACUGCAGAUGUUCACUACACUAUUGAAUUAGAGGCAAAAAAAGAGAAGUUUGCAGAAGCUGGUAAGCUGUCUGAUGAAGAGAAGAAAAAGACAACUUUUGCUGAACCGACUACUGCUGCCGCUUCUGCUGCUGCAGCUGAAAAACCGCCGACCAAUUCGAUUAUUGCUAAUCGAAAUUACGAAGAAAUGUACUUUAAGCUACUGGAUCAGUACCAUCAAGGAGUCAACUUGCCGGCUAAGCGAAAUGAAUUCAAGUUGAAAGAGUCAGUUAACGUAUUAUCUCAGGCUGAAAAAGAGUCCGUUUCAAAUGGCGCUAGAAAGGUAGUCGACGUUGAGGAGGGCCUUCACAAGGCAACAUUGGUCAAUGUGGGAAGUGUUCCCAAGCAGAAGGAGCGAAAGACGGCUAAGGAAAUUAUUAAAACGGCAACAGCAACCAUUGAUGAGCUGGAAGACGAGCAAGAACUGGCUGAUGAGGGCAAUACUAAAUCACCGCUAAUGCGAGACGUGGAAAAGGCUGAAUCAAGUUCAAAACCGGCAAAAAAGGUGUCCAUUGAUAAGGCCGCCCCUAAGGUGUCUCGUUUCGCUGAGGCUACGACUAGCAACUACGCUGAAGAACCGCCUGCAAGUGAACUGAACUCAAUUAAGGAAGAGGAAACGGAGGAGGAGGAAAUAAUAAUUGACGAGGGUGAAAAGCAGGCACUGAUGGCCAACCUGGAAAAGUCAAAAAAGUUUUUGCAAGAGCAUAAACUAGUGGACAAAACCAUCAGCUCGGAGAUUUCUAGCGGACCAGGCGAAGGCAAUGAACUGGUGCGCACCAGCAAAUCCGUUUACGAGCACUUCUCGCAGAUGCAACGAGACCUGGAGAAGUUGGUACGCAGUGAGGAGCGCUACCGCUUCCGCUGUCAGCAGCUGGAGCUGGAGCUGGCCUCGGUGAAGGAGGCCAAGGAGGACGACGAGUACAAGCUGAGCGAGGCCACCUACGAGCUGGACAUCCUCAAACACAACUACGACCUAGAGAUGGAGAGCUUUGGCUCGGCGGUGACUGAACGCGAGUCGCUCAUUGAGAAGCUUCAGCAGAAGGUGGAGGCGCUGAAGCGGAAGUACAUGACCCUGGACGAGCGCCUGCAGGAGUCCAUCAACAAGGAGGUCGGCUACAAGUCGGCCAUCGAGGAGGCGGAGGGCCGGGUCCGCUAUGAGCAGCUCCAGCGACAGACGGUCAUUGACGCACGGGUCAAUGAGCUGGAGUUGCAGCUGGCCGAUGCUGAUUCGCAGUACGAGGCGAGGACUGCGCAGCUGCAGCAGGAGCUGGCGGAACGGACGGCCAAGGAGGAAGAGCUACUGGGGCGUAUUGGGCAGCUUGAGGAGUCGCUGCAGGCGCUGGUGCUUGCCAGCUCCUCCAAUGGCGCCAGUGGCUCAGGUUUGGGUGGCAACGGCAGCGGCAAUGGCAGCGGAAACGGUGGCCUGGACAGUGGCCUGGUUUCGGUGGAGGACGAGUUUGCCUACUACAAGAACCGCAUUGAUGCGCUGCUGAAGGAGGUGGACAAUGAAAAGGCGAUUCGCGGGACGCUGCUGGAGAAACACGAGGAUGAGCUGAAGGCAAAGGAUAAACUGGCGGAGCAGCUGAAGGAGCAGCUGAGAAAGGAAAAGGAGUUGUUUAUUCGGGAGAAAAGCGACUUUGACACAAAGCUGCGCAAGCUAGCGGCCAAGUUCAAAGUGAAGGAGCGGGAGAUCAACUCACUGCAGGAGAAGCUGACCGACCUGCAUGAGAAGUUCAAGCCGCGAAUUGGCGACGCGGCCACCAACGGCGAGCUGGGCUCCAUUGACUCCGGUCUGGAGGCGGGACAGGAGGCUGCUUCUGGCGGCACCGCCAAGAGCCCCGAGCAGAUGAUGGCCGAGCUGGUCCUCCAGGAGGUGGUCAUCUCUGAGCUGCGCUCCAAGCUGGAGAACGCCGAGGAGCACCUGCUGCAGAUCAACGGAACACUGCAGAAGGAGCGUGAUCGUCGUCGUGAGCUGGAAAGCUACUACCUGACGCAGAUUAAGAACCGCGGCGGCAAGUCGAAGGGACUGAUUGUGCGCGCCUUUGACGCCCUCACUGGCGGCUCAGUCGACCCGGCCACCGGAGGGGGACAGGAUGAGUGGUCACAGAUGGAGGAGAGCAGCCAGCUGUUCAUGACCCAGCCCUAUGGGUCCUUUGCUGGCGGUGGUCACCCGCUGUACUCUGCCUACCACGCCGGUGUGCCCCACCACCGCAACUCCACGGCCAGUCUGUCGCUGUUGAUUGACGAGAGCAGCGCUGCCUACAGUCACCAGAUCUACGGCGGCGGUGCCUUCUCUGACCUGCCUGAAGGUGGCCCAUUGUCCGGUGCUGACGGUGGUCCUGGUGGUCCUGGUGGUAGCAGUGGCGGCCUGGGCAAUGCCCUCGCCUGUUCUGACACGCUGCUGGGCACUGUCGGCCGACUGCUGCGUCGCCAGAAGAAUGCCUUCAUUUUUGGCAGUCGCAAAGAGAAGGUCAUCAGCAUCACACUGCUCAUCUAUCUCAUUCUGGUUCAUUUCUACGCCUUUGAGUACUAUCUUGGCUGA